CUGGUCUGGAGGCAUAAAUGGGGAGGAGAGAGUGGGCGGAGGCAGCAGGAGGACCGGCCAAGAUGCAGAGUCUGCUGCUGCUACCACUGCCCCUCCUGCUGAGCCUGGUCCACGCGACCCCCGUCCCGAGCCAGGCCCUGGAGAGAGCGGGCAUCGUGGGGGGACAGGAGGCCCCUGGGAGCAAGUGGCCCUGGCAGGUGAGCCUGAGACUCAAACUCCAGUACUGGAUGCACUUCUGCGGGGGCUCCCUCAUCCACCCCCAGUGGGUGCUGACCGCCGCGCACUGCAUGGGACCGGAAAAAACAGAUCCCGCAGACGUGAGGGUGCAGCUGCGGGAACAGCACCUCUAUUACCGGGACAAGCUGCUGCCAGUCAGCCGGGUCAUUGUGCACCCCAAGUUCUAUGGCGUCCAGGAGGGGUUCGACAUUGCCCUGCUGGAGCUCCAGGACCCCGUGAACAUCUCCUGCGAAGUCCAGCUGGUCACUCUGCCCCCUGCCUCGGAGACCUUCCCCCCGGGAACCUCGUGCUGGGUGACAGGCUGGGGUGAUGUGGACAAUGGAACGCCUCUCCCACCGCCAUACCCCCUGAAGGAGGUGGAGGUCCCCAUAGUGGAAAACAGCGUUUGUGACGCGGAAUACCACACUGGCGUGACCACGGGGGACAGCAUCCGGAUUGUCCAGGACACCGUGAUGUGUGCCGGGAAUGAGGACAGUGACGCUUGCCAGGGCGACUCAGGAGGGCCCUUGGUCUGCAAGGUCAACGGCACCUGGCUGCAGGCGGGCGUGGUCAGCUGGGGCGAUGGCUGUGCCCAGCCCAACAGGCCUGGCAUCUAUACCCGUGUCACCAGCUACCUGGACUGGAUCCACCGGUACGUCCCCCAGGAGCCCUGAGCCCGGCCCAGGGGCUGCCACCUGGGGCUGUGGAGAAUCCAGCACCUCUGUCCCCAGAUCACUGCUUCCUGCCCAGCUGUUGACCUUCUCCCUGUUCCCUGUUCCUGCCCUGAGCUCCCCCACCCACCUGUCCUCAGCCCAGAGAGAAGGUGCGUGGUGAGCACGGAUCCCCAUUAAAGUGUG